AUGGCGACUGAUGCAAGUAGCAUCAGCAUCACGCCCACGUCUCUGCGAGGCAGCCCCUCCGACCGCAUCAUCAAACCCCGACCACGCAAAGACUCUCUGCAGUCCAUUUCGGGUUCCGAUACCCAUCCGGGUCGAGUUGUCAAGCCUCGAGCUCGCAAAUCUCCUGGCUCUGGUGCAAAACGCUCUGAACCUGCUAAGCGCAAAUUCAUCUGCUCCUUCUCUCACUACGGCUGCGAUGUUGCAUUGAGCUCCAAGAAUGAGUGGAAACGCCAUGUUUCAAUCCAGCAUCUCCAACUGGGCUUCUACCGUUGCGACGUUGGUUCGUGCAAUCCGGACUUGAACUCCAACAUUCCCGGUCACAAGAGAGUCUACAACGACUUCAACCGCAAGGACCUCUUCACUCAACAUCACCGUCGUAUGCACAAGCCCGAGUCUGGCCCUGGUUCUGCAAACUUCCCUCCCAAUGGUGGUGACCCCAAGGAUUGGCGAGCCUUCGAAGACAGCCUCGAAGAUGUUAGAAGCCGCUGCUGGAUCGAGAAGCGAAAGCCUCCUCAACGCAGUACCUGCGGGUUCUGUGGCCGAGUCUUUGAAGGCGAGGGUAGCUGGAAUGAGCGCAUGGAACACGUUGGAGGUCAUUUCUCCCGCGACAUUGUUGAAGCCAAGGAGGAGAGAGAAGACGAAGAUCUGACCAACUGGGCCUUGGCCGAGAACAUCAUCAAAGAUGCGGGAAACGGUCGCCACGUUCUGGUCGAUCAACCACCAACCGCCGCCGAACGUCCCUACCUGAGCAGAGAUCGGGAUGUGACCAUGACUGAUGCUCCAAGCUCAGACGGCUAUUCUCGCGACCCUGCAGAGUCCCCUUCGUUGAGUGCCUCGUCUCGAAGACCAGAGUCAGAGCGGGGUGACUACUAUCCUAGCUUGGACAGCCCUCGAGAGCCUCGUCGCCUGAGCAAUGCUUUGCCCAGCGCCAAUGGCACUCCACGCGCUCCAUCUGUCCCUUUGCUCUCAGCCACUCCUGGUAGUCAAUCUGUUAUUCCGACCGACCCAGCUCUGACAGCCCUCGGCUCGCCUACAUCUCCUUCGGCACAACUGCAACCCACCCCAACGUCACCUGACCGCAAGGCGGGAUACAAUCUUGCACCGCCACCCCUCAAAGGACCAAAGCCAGACGGGGAGUCCAGCAGUGGUGAUAGACUAGAAGACCUGAUCAACCAGUUGAUCAAGCCCAAGGGACCCAAGACUCAUCGUCGACUCACUUGGAAAUGCGAUUGCGCUGUCGAGAUGUCGGUUGAUCUUGACGAAGCAGACCAACAAACUAUCAAAAACCUCCAAGAGAUCAGCAUUGUCUGCAGCAAGACAUCUAACCCAUAUCUCAAAGCGUCCAAGCACGGGAAGUACCAGGUAAUCGGUUGUGACGAGCUAGCAAGCUACAUCUGGAAGAAUACCAAACAGCCAAUCGACCAGCCCAACAAACCAACCGAGGUGGCAGCUACUUGA